AGAGAGUCUUGACGAAGAUCUGCAUCGUGACGUGUACGAAAGUAUUGUAGUGUAAUCAAGAAGGAAGGAGAUAUCAAAUAGUAUUUUAGGAGACGUGGAAGAGAGGAAGAUAGGUGGACAACAGUCUCAGUGGCUGGUAGGAUGAUAGAAGGAUGAAGGAGGGAGAAGGGGAGAAGGAGGGAGAACAGUUUAAGUAGGUGGUCAGGAGAGAUGAGGGGAGGCGAAGCGCCUUAGUCAGUCAGGGUCGGUCAGUGAUAGGUCGAUAACGUGAUGUAAGGAUGGACGAUGGCGGUCAAUCCACUCUUAAAUGGAUAAGCGCAGGUCGAACCUUAGGAUUCUGGCAUAUCCUGGCACAUUCCUCUCCUCUUCCGUCCAGUCAGAGGGCGAUCCUUUGUUCCUCCGCCCGGCGAUUCCCCAGUUGAACUGGGGGGGGAAACUACUAGAAAUGUUCCGAGCGAUGACUCAGUCGACCGUCUCUCGGCUCCUACUUGUUGUCUAUGGGCAGCGUAAUUAUGGUACGGUGAUACUAGUAGUACUCGGGGGAAUACUGAUUUCAGAGUUUUCACUAAAAUGGUGGCUAAAUUCCAUCGAAAACCGAAGGAAUUGUGUCAUCCGUACCUUGGGGGAAGAGUCUUCUGUCAGUUUAAGAGAAGAACAACGGACUAGGACGACCACUCCGUCCGCACCCGCCACUGACGCCACCAGUCGGCAUGUCGAACGGAAAUCUUCCAUAUUUUCUACACCAUUUCCUAUAAUAGAAACAAACCCUAUGUCAGAGGUUUUAAAAAAUUUUAUAUUUGUGGAAAUUGCUAAAUUCUUCCCUUCACGUUGAUGUAUUAGAGAGAAAACCCAUGAUCCAUGAAAGCUUCAUUGCAACUGCAAGUUAGCGAUGACGUGUGAAUCUGGGCUUAUCGCCCAGAGAGGAGGGGGGGCAGUGGAGUGGACACUCUUAGUAGCCUAAUAGUUGGGUCACUGAGCCGGCCCCGGCCAGCGCUAACGGCAGGAGGGUCAGGUGA